GAUCUGACACCGAUUUUACGACGAUUAAAGAUGAUGAUUCUGAACAAGAAAUUAAUACCAGAUCAAUCACUCCUAAAAAGAGGCGAACUAGAUCUUUUUCAACCUCUGGAAGUUUAAGUGACGAUUUGAUUGAUGAAUCCCAACUUAGUUCUGUGGGAGGGUCAACAAGUGCUAGUGAAUCAAUAAAAAUAAAAAAAGAAAAACCUACUCAUGUUCAGCCAAAUAAUAAUAAUAGACCUCCUGUGGCCGUUCGUAGAAAACCUGGAAGACCUCCAAAAAAAUCUCCUGUUAAACAGGCUACUCCCGCUCCAACGGGCAGAAAGCGUGGUAGACCAGCUGGAAUCAAAAACAGGGUUCAAGUUCAACGUCUCAAUUAUGGUAAUAACUUUGCUGAUGAUCAUGAUUCUCAAAUAAUUCAUAGACGUGGUUUGAAUAAGUUAAGCUUAAUUGAAGAAAAUGAUGUAUUUGCUAAGGAUAAUGCCGGUCAAACAAAUUUACAUCGUGCUUGUCAGGAUGGAAGAUUAGAUAUGGUUAAAGCCCUGAUAAAUGGUGGUGCUGAUGUAAACAUUCAGGACAAUGCCGGAUUAACUCCGCUUCAUGAAGCUGUGUCUGCUCAUAAUUAUGACAUUGUAAAAUAUUUAUUAGAAGCUGGUGCAAAUCCAAAUAUUGGUGAAUCUGAAAAUGUAGAUACUCCACUUCAUGAUGCUUGCAGUCUUGGUUAUCGUGAUAUUGUUACUAUUUUAAUAGAUUAUGGUGCUGAUCCCGAUAAAACAAAUGUAAAUAACACUACGCCUAAAGAUACUGCUAAAAAUAACAUUUCUGAAAAUUUAUUAAGGUUGGUAAACCAGAUUAAACUUCCAAAUCGUUGUAUAGUUCAACAAAAUAUUGAUGCUAGAGCUGAAGAAGAGAGCAACAUUUUGCCGCGUAAAGUUUCUGUAAAUAAUUCUAAACGUUCAACUAGAAAUACUGGAAAAUAUUAUGAUAGAAGCAGACAUGAUAGAAUACGAAAUACUGGAGCUAGAGGAAUCACUUCGUCCAAUGAAGUAUUACGAUUAGAUCUUACUGUCGACUCCAGAACUGGUCGGAGUAGAUUACAUCAUUAUACAAAAUUAGGACACGCUGAAGCUGUUGUUGGUUUAUUAGAAAUGAAUGCUCCUGUUGGAAUAACUGAUAAGGAUAGAGGACGUACUCCUUUACAUGAAGCUGCUAUAGAAGGUUAUCAUGACAUUGUAGGUUUUCUACUUGCAUAUAAGGCUGAUAUUAAUGCUCAAGAUAAAUAUGGAAAUACUCCGCUUCACUAUGCUUCUUUUUAUGGUCAUGGUGACGUUGUCAAGUUACUUUUACAACACAAAUGCAUUCUUAACAUAAAAAAUAAUGAAGGAAAAGAACCUUAUGAAAUGGCUCGUGGUAGAGAACAUAUCAUACAAUUACUUUGUCAAAAUACGGAUAUUACUUCAGAUAGCUCUAUGGCUGAUACAAAUUAUUCUGAGUCUGAAAUGUCUCCUGUGUCAUGUGUUAAUAUGGAACUUGCGUCUGAAUUGGAUCAAAAAGAAAAGAAACAAUUAAUAAAAUCUGAUUCGCAACCUAUAUUAUAUCAUAUUGAAGAUCAUCAAGAAACUUUAAUACCUCCUCCAUUUGAACAAAUAUAUAAUGAAGCUGAUAUUUCGGAUUUGGAUCAAACGUAUUCUGAUAGUGAUGAUGAUAAUUUUUCUCUAUCUUUUUCUGAUAAUGAUGAACCUGUUUCUCAAGCGGGUCCAAUAUAUGUAUUUCAAUUUGAUCCAAAUAUAAAAGGAUAUCCUAUAGUUUCUUAUGCUGGGAAUGAGGAUUCUCGUUUUAUAAUUGAUAUUCAAAUUGAAAAAUAUCUUGCUUGGAAUCGUGGUUCUUUGGCUAAAAAAAUUGAUUCUUCAAUCACCAGACGAUUAGUUACUACUCAAGAAAAAGUUUUACUUUGGCCGUUAUUGAAUGGCGAAAUUUGGAGAGGUUCUUCACGUAGUCGUCCUGAAGAAAUGGAAUCAAUUAAAGAAAAACGCAAGGAGCAACGUGAUAUUGGAGAUUUAGGCAUAUUUCCUGUUGAUUUAGUCAUUAAUGGGGAUUCUGAAAUAUCAGAAUAA